AUGGUCCGAGGCGUCUGCACGCGCUGCCCCGGCCUCCCCCACGAUUGGUUCCGCGUCGAAGCGGAAGGGGAGACGUACUACUGGAACAAGCGGACGGCGGUGACGACGUUCGACGCGCCGACGCCGGAGCGCGAGUCUGACGCGACGGCUGGCGACGACGCGGGCGAAGGCGACGACGACGACGACGCGCGCGGCGCCGCCGCCGCCGCCGCCGCCGCCGCCUCGCCCGCGGACCCGCGGGUUCGACGACGGGAUCGCGAGAUCGCGGGCUCGGGGCGCGGCGACGGCGCGCGGGAGGAGAUCGAGCGAGAUCCGACCGGCGACGGCCACGGCGACGGCGCGCGCGCCCGCGGCGACGGCCACGGCCCGCGGAAGGGCGCGAAGCGACGGCGCGCGGAGAGGGCGCGCGAGGGAGGAGAUCCGAGGGACGAGAGAGACGCCUCCCCGCGCGACGAAGGCGAAGGCGGGCCCGACCUCUCGAGCGUCGCGAAGACGCACGAGACCCUCGGCCCGCUGCUCGAGUGCCUCGCGCGCGACGACGAGACUAACGCCGCGGCGGCGCGGUGCGGACAGCUCAGCGUCCUCAAGUGGCUCCGCGCGAACGCGUUUCCGUGGAACGAGCGGACAUGCGUCGACGCCGCGAGGCACGGGCAGUUCGACGUUAUGAGGUGGGCGCGCGCGAACGGCGCGCCGUGGGAUCAGAGAGCGGUGACGCGCGCCGCGAUGGAGGGCGGGCGCGACGAGAUCGCGGCGUGGGCUCGGGCCGAGGGUGCGAACGGCGCCGGCGCCGGCGACUUGGACAACGACAGGUACGACCGUCGCGGGCCGCCGACGAGACCCGCUCCCCCGGCCGAGGAAACGCGACGCGGCGGCCAAUAUGAUCCCUCCCCUCCUCCGCGUGAUCUUCUCGAGAGGGCGAUCGCGAAGCUUCUCGACGUCGUCGAACGCCACGGCGGUCGCCUGAACAAAGGAUUCAUUUCGGAGUUGCACGCGGAGAUGCCGGAGACGAUAGAUCUCGUCAGGAGGAUGAAACUUAAAGCGUUUUGCGAGGCUUCGAACGGACGACUGAUUUUCGAGACAGUCGACGAUCGCGGCGACGGCGUGAUAGUCGCGGCUAAAUCGUGGAGACCCGCCCCGGCGAAAGCGCUCGUACGAGUAGACCGGUAUCAGGUCCCCAACGCGGUCGUCGAAUGUCCAAAGUGCGGUGAUCCGAGUCACCACGUGAGCCGCUGCCCUCUCGCGAACUGUCGCUCGUGCGGCCGCUCCGGACACUUAAGCGGUGCGUGUCCCGACGCCACGUGCUUUAGGUGCGGCAAACGGGGUCACGAAAGUCGCUUCUGCAGGGAGCGACCAAACCCUUCAUCGGGUUGUCUUCAGUGCGGGAGCCGCGAACAUUUCUUGCGGGACUGUCCGGACGUCGGAUGCUUCCAUUGCGGAGAGUUUGGUCACAGGAGGGACGAGUGCCCGCGCAGGCGCCGCGGGCCGUGGUGA